UUCCAAAACGGCGAGCCAAUGGCGGUGUGCCAGCUGGCGGAAGGCGUGAAGGAGCACCGAUUCGGAGGGGGAUUAAAGCCGGUGGAGCAGCAGUGGGUGAUGGGGCAGAUAGGGGAGUUUCUGGGUAUUGGGUUCGGGGGGCCGGUGGAGCAGCAGUGGGUGGUGGGCCAGACAAGGGAGUUCCUGGGUAUUGGGUUUGGGGGAGUGCUGGGUGUUGAUGAGGAGGCGAGCAGGCGGGGAGGGAGGAACAUUUAG